AUGAACACCUCAACAGCGCUGUUUAACAACUCCACAAACGCGGGGCUCCAGAUUGGCCAGAACAAUAGCAAUGUUGAGUUCCACAAUCAUCACGCCUCACGCAAUGAAGCGUGUCUACGGGAUCUUCGGAUAACCAAUCCUCGCGAUGACAAGGCCCGAAUCCAGGAUUUCAAGGGAGGCCUGCUUAUGGACUCAUAUCGUUGGGUUUUGAGCAACCACGAGUUCAGAAAAUGGCGAAAUGAUGGCGGGCCCGAUCGUGAUGCCAACGACCGACUGCUGUGGAUCCGCGCUGAUCCCGGCAAAGGAAAGACCAUGCUACUUUGCGGUAUCAUUGAUGAGUUGACCAAGAAACUGCCUGAAACCCGCGCAUUGUCGUAUUUCUUCUACCAACAGAGUGAUGCUCGCCUCAACGAUGCAACAUCCGUUUUGCGAGGUUUGAUUUUCCUCCUCGUGGAUCAGGGGCCGAAUCUGCUCUCCUAUAUCCGGCCGCGCUACGACGUGGAAGGGAAAACGCUCUUCGAAGAUACCAAUGCUUGGUACGCUCUAUCGGAAAUGUUUCUCGAAUUGUUAGAGGACCGAGAUUUAGAGACCACGUUGUUGAUCAUCGAUGCUUUGGACGAGUGCAGCACCGGCCUGCCGUUGCUGCUUGAGCUGGUGAAACGGUCAACGGGAAAUCCUCGGGUCAAGUGGAUUGUCUCGAGUCGGAAUUGGCCUGAUAUUGAGAAGCAUUUGACGGCUACAUAUUGCUCUACUUUGUCUCUCGAGCUGAACGAGAAUUCUGUCGCUGCCGCUGUGAAGACCUAUAUUCAGAUUAAGGUGGACUUCCUCACCGCGCUGAAUGGAUACGACGAGAACACCAAAGACUUUACCCGAGAGUAUUUGACGUCAAACUCUAAUGAUACAUUUCUCUGGGUUGCCUUGGUCUGUGAGAGGCUUGCGAAAACAUCUGUGUGCGACGUGGAAACCAUUCUCACAUCAUUCCCUGCGAGUCUCGAUGAUUUGUACAAGCGCAUGAUGGGCGACAUUGAGAACUCAGAAAGUAGACAGCUGUGCCAAGUGGUUCUCGCCACGGUCUGUACCGCAUACCGCCCUCUGGCAGUUGAAGAGCUACCAGUACUUACCGAUCUACCCUCACGAAUCUCGACAGAUUCUCGGAUGAUAGAGCAGAUUAUUAAGCUCUGUGGCUCAUUCUUAUCUAUUCGGGAAGACACUAUUUACUUUGUCCAUCAGUCUGCGAAGGAUUUCUUGCUGACAUCCAAUCUUAUAAUACCAACCGGUCUUGGGAUGGAACACGGUAGAAUUUUCUCUCGGUGUAUCAAGGAAAUGAAUCAGGCACUUCAACGUAACAUAUACAAUAUUAGAAAUCCAGGAUCACGUUACUGUUGCACAUAUUGGAUUAAUCAUUUAUUAGAAGCAGAUCCUAGGAAAACGGUUGACCUGUCUACAGAUGGUCCGUUGCAGCUCUUUCUGGAACAGAAGCUACUUUACUGGCUCGAGGCUCUUAGCAUUCUCGGGCAGUUUACUGGAGGCAUUGGAGCUAUCCUCCUACUUAAUGCCUUUCUGGAGAAAGCAAAGUGCGCGGACAAAUUGUUAAACCUUGUAAAUGACAUUUCCCGAUACAUGCGCGAGUUCAAGAUUCCGAUCGAAACCAGCCCGCUCCAAGUCUAUAGCUCAGUACUCAUUUGGUCCCCGAAUCGGAGUUUGGUCAAAGCUCUUUACCAGCACGAAAGACCCACGUGGAUCACCAAAACCCCCAUGGUCGAGGAGCAUUGGAGUCGUUGUAUUCAUACUAUCGUGGGCAACGGCUGUGCGAUUGAAGAAAUCGGCUGGUCACAGGAUGGUGACCGGCUGCUACGUAUGGCAGCAGACCUGACUGUGAGCAGCUGGGAUCCCGGAACUGGACAACAUAUUUCGAGCAUCAAGCUGGAGAGACUUUCUAGCAGGUUCAACAGGUAUCGCUUAUCCCGACACACAGGCCGCGUCGCUUCGGUCUAUGGGGAUGAUUGCGCCAAGAUUCGUAUUUGUGAUGCUACCACCGGAAAGUGUAUUCGCAUACUCGACGACGAAUCCUUGCAUUCGCAUGAGUUUGUGAGGUGGGUUGGAGAUGGAAAGCAUCUCGUCUCGGACUCAGAUGGCGGAACUCAACUGUGGGAUGUUUCAAAAACUCCUGAUCAAGAAUGCUGGUCUCACGAUGGCUGCUUGUAUAUUGCGAAACCCUCGUCUAUCUCCGAUCGCCACAAACACCGCCACACCAUUUACGAUAGUAGAACAGGAGUUUGCCUGAGGAUCUUGGAAAAUGAUGAGUGGCUUCAUGUCAACGCUGAUUCAUGGUCCCCCGAUGGGAGUAUGCUCGCAUUGAUAUCGAUGAACGGUGUGGUCAUCUGGGAUUUGGCCACGUGGGGACCCGGACAUGUGCUAGAAGGAAACCCCAAAUGGGUUAACCAGCUUAGCUGGUCGCCCGACUCAACAAGACUCGCGACAAGUGAUUGUGAUGGUGGAAUUAUGAUCUGGGAUCCAAAACUCGGAAUAUGCCUCUGGGCGGUCGAAAGAGACGAAAACUUCCCAACCAACCGCUUCUGCUGGGCUCCCGACGGAAAUCGACUUGCGUCCUACUCGCGUUACUUGAUCAGGAUUUGGGACACAACGCCAACCAGAAACUUCCCAGCGUUUGCAGAGGAUUAUGCUCAGGUGGCAACAAGGACUCACCCACGUCACGGCCGGGCUUUGGCGUACGUUCGAUCCCAAUUCACGAAGUUACGAAGAAAGGCCCUGGACCAGAGAAUUCCACGCUCACCAGUCAGUUAUGGCUGGAUUGUCUCCCUCUAUUGGUCGCAUGAUAGAGCUCGUGUUGCGUCACUAACCAGCGAGGGUAUUCUUGAGAUCUGGAACACGGAGACUAGUUACAGAGUUUGCGAAAUCGAAGAUACGUUUUCAAGAUGGACCAUGGCAAUGGCAUGGUCAUCAGAUGGAAAACUGGCAACGUUUGACAAAGUGGUUCUUUGCGUAUGGGAUAUUGUAUCAGGAAAGCGGCUUUUAGCUCUAUCACAUAAUACAGGCGGUAUUAGUGAAGGCCCCGGGUCCUUUGCCUGGUCGCCGGACGGGUGCCAACUAGCAUCAGCAAAAGGUGGAACCGUUAAGAUCUGGGACUUCGCCACCGGACAAUGCCUAAGGGAACUGCACCAUUCUGAUCUGCUCCAGACACUGGCCUGGUCUCGCGGCGGACAGAAAGUCGCAUCAGUAUCCCAGCGUGAUGGCACAGUUAGAGUUUGGGAUCUCGCCACGGGACAGUAUCUUGAGCUCUGCGUCCCGACCGGACACAACUAUUUAUCUUUCGAUCGUCAAUGGCAUGUUACAUGGUCUCAUGACAACAGUCGCAUCACCUGGGGACCUAACAACUAUGGCUUUCUCUAUGACGCAGCCAACGGAAUGCAUAUCGGCUCCCUAAAAGUCUAUGUCCUGGAACACGAUAAGUCUGAACAACCUAUACUGGACAUAUGGGGGACCAGUCUUGUAUUCAAUAUUUGGGACCUUAUCACAUCUAGAUCCCGCGGUGCUGUCGAUCAGUCAGUCUGCAGCAUCACAAUUUACUGGCUUGUUGAGAAUGGUCUUGAGACGAGUUUGGGGGUCUUUGAUUUGAAGGGUAUGGGCUGUCUCGACGACGCUGCUGAGAACAGCCCUUGGGUACCAGUUGGGUACGGGAUCUCCUUGGAUAAUUCGUGGAUUACUUGGAACGGAGACAAUCUGCUGUGGUUGCCUUGGCAAUAUCGACCUCCCUUUAAAUCUUGCAUCCGCCAGUCGGGAGCCAAUGUGGCAAUUGCUUGUUGUUCUGGUCGAGUCAUCUUUCUCUCAUUCGCCAAGAAUCCACUUUCAUGA